GUUCUGUCAUCAAUGCCAACUCUUCUGGGAAUCCGUCAUUUCCCUCGUGCAGGUUUCCGGGCCCAUCAGAUCGUGCGAAGAUGUUCGUUGGACGCGCUACGAAACCGUGCUUCAUCGCAGCAUGCGGGAGCUGAAGCACUCCUCUGAUCAUCGAUGCCCGAUAUGCCGCGCGAUUCUCUAUACACCCACCAGAUACGAGCACGACAGCCUUCUCGCAAAUGAUGACGAGCCUCUGGACAUCGUACUUGAUAUCGAUCCAAAUAAAGGCCCUCAUCCCGUCCUCUCCGUCACAUUCUUCGCAGCGAACAGCGCCGAAAAGGUAGCGCGUGUCCCUAAGCGGAUACUUGCUGCGGUCGGCGGCCUUAUUACUGAUGAUGAUCUUGCGUCGACCCUGGAUCGUGCUUCCCAACAGGACAAUAUCAGCACAGGAUCGGAUGCCACAUUUGAGCUGGCUUCCUUCUGGCUCAGGCGUUGCUUAUCAGAGGAUGAAAAAUGCAGACAGUCAAGUGCUGCGACUGGGACGCCUUUCGUGCCUACAAGGCUCAUCGACGUCAGCAAUGACGUUGUUCGACUUAUAGAAAGCGAGAACGACAUCAAAGGAGACAACGCAGAUCGAAGAUACGUCGCCCUCAGUCAUUGCUGGGGGCUGAUUCCCAUCAUCAGGACCCUCAUCGCGAACUACAAGGAUCAUCAAAGGAAUAUCGACCCAGUACGGCUCUCGAAGACCUUCCGAGAUGCAGUUCACGCAACGCGCAAGCUAGGCUUCAGAUAUGUGUGGAUUGACAGUUUGUGCAUCAUCCAGGACUCAAAAAGUGACUGGGAAGCCGAAGCGGCGACCAUGUGUGACGUGUAUCGCAACGCGACCUUGACGAUUGCAGCGGCGCAUGCUCCUGGAGGAGAUGUGGGAUGCUUUCAGAAUAGAGACGGUCUUCUCCAAUUUCCCUUCAUUGUCGAGCUACCACACCCUCGGACAGCAGGAGCAGAAUUACAGAAACUUCACCGGAUCUUGUUCACUUCAUACGGCCGAAGCCAAGGCCUGGGAGGUCCAGAACCACCCCUGUACGGCCGAGCCUGGGUGUUGCAGGAACAGCUGCUUUCCGCACGAAUGCUCAUCUUCGACGGAUCUCAAAUUCGCUGGGAGUGCCUUAGCAGCCACGGCUCCGAGCGCUCUCCGCAAGGCGGCAUGUCGCGGCACAUCGGGCACCAGAAGGAAAUCCGCAAAGGUAUAAACGGCAACUUGGACCUCUUCAACAUACCCGGGAUUGAAGACCGCGAUACUGGAUUGCGCGGACAGUUGCAGCAUUGGUUCUACGCUGUCAUGGAUUACACUCAUCGAGGCAUGACGAAGCCUUCUGACCGGCUUGUUGCUCUUGAUGGGGUUGCUCAGGCACUUAAAGGUCAUACAAACCAGGAGUACUAUGCGGGUCUAUGGUCUCAGCACUUCUGGCUUGGUUUGCUAUGGAGCAUUUCACAUACAAACGAAUAUACUCCGACGACAACCGAUGCGUUCAAUCUUGAAAAGAACGAGCAUGUCCGCCAUGAAGAGGGUCUGGCACCGAGCUGGUCAUGGGUCGCGGUUACUGUCCCGAUCGUCUACACGGUACCAGCUAUCAUGUAUAUCGAGCGUGUAUGCGAGAUUCUCAGUACUUUCGUCUCCGGUUCACCCACGAAACAAAGCGGCAAAGUAGAGAUUCGUGGCCACCUCCGUACCGGAUACGUCAAUUCUAUCUAUCCAUACGCUAUUCGCGAAGCCGCGGAGGCCCUUCCCGAGAUGACGAGUCGGAAACCGCGUGGUUCGAAGAACCUGAUUAGUUUUCGCGGACGUGCGUUCCAUCCGAAUGAUUUCUUCGUCUUCUCUGAUGCGGAUCCCUCAAGCGGCCUUUAUCGGAUGUCAUCGCAGAACUGGCGUUUCGUCCGUGGAACCUUCCGCCCAGAUGAGAUAAUCAAUCCUUCGACCCAAGUCACUUUCAUCGCUAUUGCGCAGCAGAACACGGGCUAUACACCGGAAUCACUUAUACCUACCCAUACAAGAACAGAUCCACUUCAAGUGUAUUCGCUUGCGCUGGUGCCCACCGGGAGAGAAGAAGGGGAAUACAGGCGUGUCGGGUAUGCAGUAUGGGAAGAUUGCUCUUGGUAUGGAUAUAUGUGUGGGCGGAAGAGCAGGCCUGGAAGAGACAUUGAAAGAGCUGAAGGCUGGCGUGGAAUGAUGUCCCUUGGAGGCCUGGAGCACAUGGGCUGGAGCCGUGCCGUGGAUGGCAAGGGAGUGCAUCAGCAUCGAUUUCAAGGCGAUGCAUUGUCGGAUCGCGACAAGUUUCAUAAUGAUGUGAGAAUGGAGGAGAAGACUAUAUUCAUCGUCUAGCCGGCGCUAG